AUGGGUAAGAAAGCGACACAAGAUAUCAAUAUUGAGAAGGCUAGAUGGGAUGCGGAGACAACAGAGUUGUUUUUAAAUUUAUGUGUGGAAGAAAUUAGGGCUGGAAAUCGUCCUAACACUCACUUCAGCAGAGUAGGAUGGUCUAAUUUGGUGCAGAAAUUCAAUGAUAAGACUGGAAAAAACUAUGAUAAGGUCAAAUUGAAGAACAAAUGGGAUAAUUUGAAACUUAUGUGGAAAGACUGGGAUACUCUUGUUGGAAAGGAGACUGGCUUAGGAUGGGAUUGCGAGAAAAGACAAUUCAAGCGAGAAUAUCCAAAUGUAGAAAAAUUCAGAGAAAAAGGUUUACAAUGUCAAGAGUUGAUGGAAAUGUGUUUUAAAGAUGUUGUUGCUACCGGUGAGCAUGCAUGGGCGCCAUCAUCUGGGAUUUUACCGGAUAGCAUACUUGGACGUUGGUUUCAAGAGGAGAAAGAAUUCGAGUUUGACACUCCAAUGAGUAAUGAAGAGGUUAUUGUGGAUGAUUACUUAAGAAAUGACACAAGAGAAGGCUUGGAUCAAAUUAACCUAGAAGAACUAGAAUUAUUUGAAAAAAGAAACAUCAAUGAAAGUGGUGACAAAACGAAAAAAAGAAAAGCAUAA